UGAGAUUUUAGAGCUCUGUAGUUUUUCACCGAGUGGCUUUUUUUCUGUGUUACAUGGAGUCUGUGUUGAACUCACAUAGCCUCUGCGGACUAUUUGUUGCUGUUAAUUACAACACGUGGAUUCACCCCCAGUUUGGAACCGGCUUUUAUACGGACUGCAGAGCCACUGGAGUUAACCCGGAAGUCGGAUUAUGGACCACCUGCCAGAUAAUAACUCCAGGUACAAAGACGUUGAAUACUGGGAUGAAAGAUACAAGACGGAGCAGUGUUAUGACUGGUUGGGGAGCUUCUCCAAAUUUCAGCAUCUUUUGGAAAAACUGGUGAAGAAAGAAGACUCCAUUCUGAUACUGGGUUGUGGAAACAGCAGCAUGAGUGGCGACAUGUACAGUGCCGGCUACCGUGCCAUCACCAACAUAGAUUACUCCUCAGUGUGCAUCAGUACAAUGAGUGAGAGGUACAGCAACUGCCCAGGUAUGACCUGGCACCAGAUGGACGUUCGCCAGCUCUCCUUCCCCGAUGCGUCCUUUGAUGUCGUCCUGGAGAAAGCCACCCUGGACGCCAUCAUGGUGGAGGAGAAGACUCCUUGGGAGGUUUCCCCUCAAACUGCCUGCUUCAUUCACCAAGCGCUCACAGAGAUCAGUCGCUGCUUGAAGCCUGGAGGACGGUUUGUCUCCGUUACCUUUGCGCAGCCCUUCUUUAGGAAACGCCUCUAUGCUCGCACCGAGUACAACUGGUCGAUCAAGCAUCACAGUUACGGAGAAGGCUUUGAGUAUUUCCUGUAUGUGAUGACCAAAGGAGAGGAGCUUAGUCCUGAAGAUGCAGCUCUGGAGAAAAAACUGCUUGAAGACACUAAGUCUCCGCCUACCAGCAUCACUACAACAGCAAAUGAAGAUAAAGAAGACUUCCUGUCUAACAUUGACUUGUAAAGUGGCUGGAUUUCAUCAAGGAAUCUUAGGAUGAUGUUAUCCUAACACUUCCUUUAUAAGGUGGCUCUAUACUCUGAUGAUGACUUCAGAAACUCAAACAGAUCAUUUUAUGUGUUUUAAUACCUUCUAGAUAUACAGUAGAUGUUUUUAUGUCAUGAUUGUAAUUCAUACAGGCACACAUUUUCUAAUUUUUUAAUUUAGAAAAAUUAGACAAAUGGAUUAGAAACCAUCUUAACUGAAUAAAUCUUUUAAAUACAUUUCAGAAAUCAGGCUACCUCUCAACAGGGACACUCAGAUUCAUGUGCAUGUUAGUGCAGGUGCUAUAUGGAUUAGGAAAUUGGAGAGAGCAUCAAAAAAAGAAAGAAUGUUUCCUGCAGCAGUGCCUGAUCAAAAGUAUUUUAGAAAAUUUAAGCAGACAAACGUUUAUUUUAUAUUUGGGAAAAAGGGGAAAGUGGUUGUGCCAAAUAUAAAAAAUGAAGUAAAACAAACAUUGAUCCUUAAAUAACAACAAAAAAACCUCUAUAACUUAUCCAAUUUUAAAUAACUUUUAAAACUACCCAUGUUGCAGUGAGGCCAAUGUACAGUAAAUGUAUUGUUGUUUUUUAAAUUACCCACAUGACCACCCACCUUAUUGUGGGGUCUUAAUUUUAGAUUUUACACUUUUAACAUUUACAACAAAGACAAACUAUAAAAUAAAAUACCACAUACAGAACACAGUACCCUUAAAGGUCCUAUAUUGUACCAUUUUUAGCAAUGUCCCCAGAAUUUAUCUUUGUUUUUAAGCUCAAAAUACCACAAAAAAAGGGUAUAUUUUUACCAGGACUGUGUAACACCUGGUGUUAACUCUACUUUAAACAGGCUGUUUCAGUGUCUGUAGCUUUAAAAACAGUUAAACUACUAAAGAUUCUUCUCUUGCAGCACUGGCAGUAAGGGCACUAGAUUAUGUCAAUUAUUAGCUCCAUGAUCAUUGGUUCUUCAAUUCCUUCUUACCGACUGAUCAAAAUUCUGACCAGCUUGUAAAGUGAGGAAGCUAUCUAGCUUAUAGGAGGAUAGAGUAAUGGCAGUAGCAAGGGUCUUCAUAUUCAUAUUUACUUUACUUCGUCACAUUUCUAAGGUGUACAAAGCACAAUAGAAAUGGAUUUUUACCACAUGGGACCUUUAACACAUAAGGCAAUUCCAACACAAAAUAAUGCUCUUGCUUAAAGUCUCCAAGUACUGUAUAUAUGCAGCUUCUUUGAACCUGGAAAUCACCAGGAUAAUGACUCAGGCGCAGAACACCACAAAUAACGUGCCUUUUACUGGCUCCUUACAGCAGUUGAGCCUGCAGUGGUCUAAAGUUACAGAAGCACAUUGCAUUCCUUGAACCAUAAAAAAAUGGGGGCCUCAUUUCGUAAUUUGGAAUUCUGACUUAUUAUCGAGAAAAUCUUUUGGAACAAUACAGUCCUCAUCUUGUAAUGACGUGAAAAUUGACAGAUUUUGGACAACUGCUCUUCAAUAGAGCAGGCAAAAGUGACUGGGGAAGAUUGUUAGAAUUUGAACCAGUUUUUGUACCAAUAUUGCAACUUCUACCAACUACAUGUACUAGGGUACAUGUAGGUUUACUUCUGUUCUCACAUAGCCAUACCUAUCUUCAGAGCUCUGGAGAAUGGUCUGACUGCACCAGUAAAAUACUUUGGUUGGUUGCAUUUGUUCAAAGAUACCAUUACUUUUGUUGUGAUUAUUAGAUACAACGUCAUGGUUUUUAGAUACAGACGUCAUGCUUCAAGAUAUAAUACAGGCCUCCAGUUUUUUUUUUAAUCUGGUGACUGCAGUGCACUCCUGUAUAAUACUGAAGGAAAACCUACCUCAGUAAACAUGCCACAAGUGACUAUUGGUUAACAAAUAAAUCACCAUUUUGUUUUUUGUUUUUUUUGUUGUAAUGUUCUCAUGAUUGUACAGUCGGUUAAAUUGUAACAGCUCUGAGAGAAAAUUGCAGCCAGGUUAACUCUGACUCAUCCUGGCUCCUCUUUUGUCUGUAUCAUAGUUUUUCUUGCCUCUGCUACUAUCAGCUUCUGUUCACGAUUGAAACUUUUGUCAUUUAUAAACCAAUUGUACCUUUCA